GACUUCCUUGAGCGCGGAGCGGAGAAGGGAGCGAGCGGUCAUGUCGGCGUCGGUGGUGUCGGUGAUCUCGCGGUUCUUAGAGGAGUACUUGAGCUCCACGCCUCAGCGCCUGAAGCUGCUGGACGCGUACCUCCUGUAUAUACUGCUGACGGGGGCGCUGCAGUUCGGUUAUUGUCUCCUCGUGGGCACUUUCCCCUUCAACUCCUUCCUCUCGGGCUUCAUCUCGUGUGUGGGGAGCUUCAUCCUGGCGGUGUGUCUGAGAAUACAGAUCAACCCACAGAACAAAGCGGAUUUCCAGGGCAUCUCCCCGGAGCGAGCCUUCGCUGACUUUCUCUUUGCCAGCACCAUCUUGCACCUUGUUGUGAUGAAUUUCGUUGGCUGAAAUGGUCCCGUAUACUUGGUGAGGAGCAGGAGACAAGAAGAAUGUUCACUUGAUUACCCCUGGAUAGACGCUCUCGAGUCGGCAGCUUGUUGGGCAUGUGGCUUUUCUGCAGUGUGGGGCUCCCUCCGCGCCUGAUUUGGUAUGCAGUGGAGAGCUCCGGGGAAGUGCCUGCCCUUCGCUGGCAGGACAGCUUCGUGAUGAGCAUCUAUUCACCCGACCUCUGCCAUCCAUUAAGUGUAACCUUUUUGCCUCCUUCCAAAUUAAAAAGCUCCAUGCCACCCUUC